ACUCUGGAGCGCCCGUGGCUUCGCAGCAGCAUCGUCCGAGCUGGACGGGGCGCUGGAGGUCGGCCACGAAUCCCCCUUCCCGUGGGGUUGCGCCCGAGAUAGGGGCCCUUCUUUGUCCCCCCCGCCCCACAGCGGAGAUCUGUUCCUUCCUGGCCCUCUCAGCGGAACCUUUGCGUGCGGGAGGCGGUUGCCGGGGGGACUGGAGCGCAGGGCACUGUCUGCGCAUGCGCGCCACGCCGCUGCCGCCGCCGGCUGCUGUCAUGGCUGCCUGAGGAGCGGCGCGAACGGCGCGAGGAGCGAGCCGGGCGCGGCGACUGCCAGGUGGAAGGAUCUAGAAUGGCUGGGGAACAGAAACCAUCCUGUAAUCUCCUCGAGCAGUUUAUUUUAUUAGCCAGAGGCACUAAUGGAUCAGCCUUGACGGCCCUCAUCAGCCAAGUGUUGGAGGCCCCUGGAGUUUACGUCUUUGGAGAGCUGCUGGAAUUAGCAAACGUGCAAGAGCUUGCUGAAGGAGCAAAUGCUGCUUAUUUUCAGUUGCUGAAUCUCUUUGCCUAUGGAACAUACCCAGAUUAUGUAGCAAACAAGAAUAACCUGCCAGAACUAUCGGGGGCCCAGAAGAACAAGUUGAAGCAUUUAACUAUUGUCAGCUUAGCUUCCAGAAUGAAGUGCAUUCCUUAUUCCGUGUUACUGAAAGACCUGGACAUGCGUAACCUACGGGAGCUGGAAGACCUAAUCAUUGAAGCCAUCUACACGGACAUCAUCCAGGGCAAGCUCGACCAGCGUAACCAGCUGCUGGAGGUGGACUUCUGCGUCGGCCGAGACAUUCAGAGGAAAGACAUCACCAGCAUCAUGAAAACGCUCCAGGAGUGGUGUGACGGGUGCGAAGCGGUCCUGAUAGGAAUUGAGCAGCAGGUGCUCAGAGCCAACCAAUACAAAGAGAACCACAACCGGACUCAGCUGCAGGUGGAGACAGAGGUCACUAACAUCAAGAAAACGCUAAAGGCCACGGCCGCCUCCUCCGCCCAGGAAAUGGAACAGCAGUUGGCAGACCGGGAGUGCCCGCCACACACCGAGCAGAGGCCGCCCACCAAGAAGCUCUCCAAGGUCAAAGGGCUGGUCUCCAGCCGCCACUAGCGUCCGCACCGGGGAGGGCACCGCUCACGCCCGCUCUGGAAGGAACUACCUGGCGUCUCUUUCCAGCAGGUUCUGGCUCCGUCGUGGCUCUGCGGGCUGGAGAGCGCGGUCCCGCCUCAAACUUCAACCAGCACAGGGCACUGCCAGCCUCCUUGUGCCUCAGAACUGCUAGGGAAGGACCUUGAGGGCACAGUCGGGACGGGGAGAGGGGGUGGAACGAAGGCACAGCCGGCACAAGGCUUCCACGGAAGGCGUGGGCCUCCUUUCCUGGUCCUCUGCCGCGGUUGUCUCUUCCCCCGUUGUGUGGCACCAGGGCUCAGCUGUGGGAGGGAGCCGCCCACGUUCACCCCCAACUCUUCCCACGUACCAAAGGGAACACGAUGCUUCUGGCUGAGGAAACUGUUUUGUCUUGCAUUCCCCUGCUCCGUCCAGGUGUUUAUCUUAGGGUGCAACUCUCUACCUCACGCUAGGAAAGCCGGAAGUUGGCCUGCGGCAUGUUUGCCAGAUGCCCCACCCGCUGCCGUCCAGGGCCUGUCGGCUAACAAGGUGGUGACCUGCAGCUCUGAUCUGGAGGGGCCCCAGCUGCUGUUGGCGCCCCCUCUGGCCACAAACGGGGCACGGCCGCAGAGCAUGACGCGUUCCAUGGUUACGUACGUUCCUGACACGUUCCGUGAUAAUGUGCGCCUCCCCCUCCUUCCCCAGACCUCUUGAAGUAUAAUGAUAUUACAAUCUUCCCAGAUGGAAGCAAGCUGUUUGAAAGGGACUCCUUCCCGCUCCCGGCAUGGUAGUUCAGAACCUCAGGCGCGGACCAUCGAGGCACGCCGUUUUCCAGCUGAGACCUCUGCCAGGAUUUCAGAACUUGGGACACCUGUCCAGUUGCGUUUGACUCUCCUUUUGUUUUUGUUUUUUGUAACACAAACAUCAUUUUGUACCUCUCGUUGGGAGAUUUCAGCGUUUCGGCCUUUGUGUCUUUUGAUAUUUGUUACAGACUAACUGAAGGGGACUUGCGCCUGCGUCAGAAGGAUUGUGUGUGUUUUUCUAUUAAAAAAGAAGCGGGAAAAGGA